AUGCCAGAGGAAUUCUCCAAGGACACCAUGAGAGUGCCUGCAGCCGGAGAUCGCAUUUUAGCAGAGAAGACUAACAAUAAUGAAAGCGCUCCUGUGCCCGCCACAGGAGUCUCUGUGCCCCUGGUCAAUGAAGUCCAGCUCACUGCAGCCACUGGUGGGGCAGAACUUUCCUGCUACCGCUGCACGGUGCCAUUUGGAGUGGUCAUUCUGAUUGCGGGUAUUGUGGUCACUGUCGUGGCAUACAGCUUUAAUUCACAUGGGUCCACAAUCUCCUACUUCGGACUGGUGCUUCUGUCGUUCGGGUUGGUACUCCUGGGGUCCAGUGUCAUAUGCUGGAAGGUGAGAAUGGAGAGGAAGAAGGAGAGGCGAAGGGAAAGUCAGACGGCCCUGGUGACCAACCAUAGAAGCCUCUUUGCGUGA